UUGUGAAUUCCUCCACUCCGGUCGCUCUGUGAACGCAGCACCACCGCAGCACUGUCACACUUUUGGCACCACCGACCGCCUCUCAGACUUCACUUCUCCCAAGAAACGAGCCUCUUUCACGGCUAUAAAACUGGGAAUUAGCCGCUGUCAGCACCAAACCCAGACUCUACGUACAAGUUUGAGUCGUUGUUUUUUUCGUGCGUGUUUUGUUGGAGUGAAUUUCUCUGGAUUUAUCGCGGAAAAGUGACCGGAAAGUACAGAAGGAAGACCCGGGAGAGGAGUCUUUGAAACGGGCCGGUCCCGCGGUCCAGCGCUCUGCUCAGCCCUGCGGUCAUGUUUGGCACAAGAAAGACCUGGGACCUCGGCCACGCCCCCUGCCUGCAGGAGCUCUGGAAGAACGACAUCUCAUUGGACGCGAGCUCCGUGGACUUCCUGAUGAGUGAUGGUGAAGAGGACGGCUCGUUUCUGUCUCUACCGUCGUCUGCGUUUCCACGGCGAUCGUCACUGAGCGCCGAACUGAAAGAGAACAGCUCCCCCACCCAGCACCUGCUCAUACAGACUCUCCAGGAGAAGGUGUGUGAGUUCCAGGCCCGACUGCGCUCUGAGGAGGUCACUCGGCUCCUCCUGCUCCAGCAGCUGCAGCAGCAAAACUCGGAGGGACAAACUACUGUGGAUUCACCCAAAGACUCGCCCCCACCCGCCCACUGCAACGGUGUUCCUCUGUCAGAGCCCAGUAAAUCUGACCGUCCCAGUGCAGAGGAGGAGCAGCUCGUGAGCCGGCUGCAAACACAGGUGGAGGAGCUGGAGGAGAAGUUACUGGACCAGACCCAGGAGGUGGAGAGACUGCGCUCUGAACUGGGGGCGACAGACCUGGAGAAGCAGUUGGAGCGGCUGGUGGUCGAGAACCAGCGUCUGAAGCAGGAGCUGAAAAUAUGCAAGAGCUCCGACCCCACCUCCGACAACUGCCCCAUCUGCCCCCACAGCCAGAAUGCAGAGUCCCUUCAGAGGGAGGUCACCCGCUGGGAGAGCCAGGCGCGACAGAGGGAGCGGCGUUUGGUGGAGCUGGAGAGGGACCUCCAGGAGAAGACCCAGAACGUGGAGAGUCUUCACCGAGAGCUGGACCAGGCCACGAGGCAGCUCCAAGAGUCCGAGCGCACGCAGACCGAAGCCGAGCGCAAACUCACCGUCAGGAUACAAGAGUGCGAGGAAGAGCUGCACAGACAGGCCACAGCGCCGCCUAGAGUCAAGUAUGUGACUCAGACGGUGGAGGUGCAGUCUGCAGACUCUCAGAAGGUCCUGUCCGAGCUCCAGGGGAAGAACUCUGCUCUUCAGGAGCAAGUGUCAGUGCAGAGACAACUGCUGAGAGAACUAGAGACACAGCUCCACGACUCGCAACGCACUUGCACACAGCUACGAACACAGAUCCUGGUGUACGAGGGGGAGAUGGAGCGGGCUCAGGGUCGACUCGAGGCGGAGAUGCAGAAUCUGGAGGAGGAGAAGAAUCGUGUGAUCGAAGAGGCGUUCAUCAGAGCAGAGAGCGAAAUGAAAGCUGUGCACCAAAAUCUCGCAGGCGUGCGUAUGAACUUGCUGAGUCUGCAGCCGGCGCUCAGGACCCUCACCAGUGACUACAACAGCCUGAAGAGACAGGUCCAGGAGUUCCCCUUUAUGCUGGACAAGGCCAUCGCAGAGGCCAAGCAGGAGAUUUGUCAGGUGAUCAGUGAAGUGAGCAGCACAAACCAGGAGCUGCUGCGGAAAUACAAACGAGAAAUGAACCUGAGGAAGAAAUGCCACAACGAGCUCGUCCGACUCAAAGGAAACAUCCGUGUGUUUUGUCGUGUGCGGCCGGUCAGUCAGGAGGAGCAGGACUCCGCUGACGCUAAGAGCAUGCUCAGCUUUGACUCGGACGACGACUCCCUCCUCUACCUCUCCAACAAGGGCAAAAUCAUGACCUUCGAACUGGACCGGGUCUUCCCCCCGAAGUCCACACAGGAGGAGGUGUUCCAGGAAGUUCAGGCGCUGGUCACUUCCUGUAUCGACGGCUUUAACGUUUGUAUCUUUGCCUACGGACAAACAGGGUCUGGGAAAACCUACACCAUGGAGGGUGUACCAGAAAACCCAGGUAUAAACCAGCGCGCCCUGCGGCUGCUGUUCUCGGAGGUGACGGAGAAGGCGGAGGACUGGGACUACACCAUCUCUGUGAGCAUGGUGGAGAUCUACAAUGAGACUCUGAGGGAUUUACUGGGGGACAAUCCCACAGAGAAGUUGGACAUAAAGAUGCAGCCUGAUGGUAGUGGGCAGCUCUACGUCCCCGGACUCACAAAGUUCUCCGUGGGGAGUCCCGAGGAUAUUAACAGGGUAUUCGAGUUGGGCCACAUGAACAGAGCCACGGCCUGCACCAACCUGAAUGAACACAGCUCUCGUUCUCACGCUCUCCUCAUCAUCACUGUGUCUGGGUACAACUCCACCACUGCCACUCACACGCAAGGUAAGCUGAACCUGGUGGACUUGGCGGGCUCGGAGCGCAUCAGUAAAUCGGGCGCAGAGGGCAGCCGUCUGCGAGAGGCUCAGUGCAUCAACAAGUCUCUGUCGGCGCUCGGCGACGUCAUCAACGCCCUGCGGAGCAAACACGCCCACGUCCCCUUCAGGAACUCUCGCCUCACGUAUCUGCUGCAGGACUCUCUGAGCGGGGACAGCAAGACGCUCAUGAUGGUCCAGGUUUCCCCUUUGUCGUCGAACAUGAGUGAGUCUGUCUGUUCACUGAAGUUUGCUCAGAGAGUUCGGACGGUGGAACUCAGCUCCUCGUCCUCGUCUUCACGGAAACACGAGAACUCCUCCACUUCGUCCUCGCCCACCCACGAAAGUGUAGAGCUGGACUCUCCGCCCUCCACCCCCGGCCCUCUGCCCAUCUCCAGAGCCAGCAGCGCAGGCUCCACCCUCUCCACCCUCUCCGCGGCGUCCAGGACCCCCACCGGAUCUCGCAGGAGGUCCCAGUCCCAGCUGUCUGCAGGACGAUUGAAACUAACGGCCUGAAGCGUCUUUGCGACCUCCUCCUCCUCCUCUGACCCCUCCACUGGAAACGGGGCGCAGACGAAGGCACCACAAGGACUCGAACUGAACAAUAUGUGCCCUUUAUGAGCAAAGAAAACUAUUAAAAACAUUUAUUGCAAUUAUGAAGAUUGAACAGCUUGAACGGACUGGCUUUUUUUUUUUUCCCAUGUGUGAAUCGUCUUUCAGUAUACGCUUUCCGAUCACAGUAUUCUCAUUUUUAAUUGUACAGUUGCACUUUAAAUUAGAUAAUGUUCUAACCCAAAAAAGUGGGGGAUUCAUUUAUUAUAAUAUAAACAUUGUAUUUAUGUGUUUUGAUGCUUUAAUUUUAAUUUCAUCAAGAAGCAACCGGACUGUUUUAAGGAAGAUUUCUCAACUUGAAAUUGCGUUUUUAACCUUAAACUAGCCCAGAAUUCACUCGUAGUUUAGUAUAUUUAGUCUCUACUCUGCUUUGUAUGUUAUCCAAUGGAAGUGACCUGACUGACUGAGCUCUACAGCGCCGCCACAUGGUUUCAGAAGGAAGUUUUUUUGUUUUUUUCCUCCCAUAGACUUUUUGGAGAAUUUGCAUGCCCUCGAAGAGUUUUAAAUCAAUUCUGUGGCUAAUCUCAUUCCACUAGUUUGAGUUUAACCUUUAUAAAACACCUACCGUAUUUUCCGCACUAUAGGGCGCUCUGGAUUAUAAAGCGCACUGUCAUUGAAUGGUCUUUUUUUGAACUUUUUUCACAUAUUUGGUCAUAUAUUUCUAUAGCGCUUUUCCACCUUCAAGUCACUUCAAAGCGCUUUACAACAAGGAACCACUCACCCUUUCACCCACACAUUCAGACAGCAGUGUACGCAGACACGAGGUGGGUUAAGUGUCUUGCCCAAGCACACAACAACAGCAUUCAUCUGUGGGAGCUGGAAUUACAUCAGCCAACCUGUGGGUCAGUGGAUCUGAUCGCUCAACCAAUGAUGUUUUUUAUGUGAAGAGCAGGAUUCGCCCCAAAUAAUAUAACACAUAAACUGCACCGGACUAUAAGGCACAUUAAACGAAACACAACAGUUAAAUAAGUCAGUCAAACUUUAUUUAAUGCAUUUACAAUAAUUCUCAACAUUUUUAAUUGUAAGGUGUAAAAAAAAAAAAAUACUGUCUGAGACGCUGAAUUGUUAAUGUAUUCACAAUAACUCUUAAUUGUUCAAACAGUUGGGCGAUUAUGGCGUCCAGCGCGCCUGCAUCCCUCUCAUCAUUAUCCAAGUCAGUGUGGUUACUGUUCCCUGGCAGUUCAGUGAUGAUUCGGGUCUUGGUGAAAGCUCGGACCACAGUUGAUACUGAUCCUUAGUCCAGGCGUCCACGAUCCAUUGGCAGAUCGUGGUGUAAUUCGCUCGGCGCUGUCUCUCUGUCUUUGUGAAUGUGUGUUCUCCUUCUCUCAUCCACUGCUCCCACGCAGCUCGCACUUUCACUUUAUAACAGCCUUGAGUUUAAAGGCGGCGUUGUAAGUGUGUCUCUGACAGAUGCAUUUUGAUAUUAAAAGGAAUCAUAGUAUGUAUUACUCCACGAUGCUCCUGACUAUGGGAGCCGUAAUGCUGCAAGUGGUGCGGCUUUGUAGUUUACUAAAGUCGUACUAAGACACCACAAUAAAUUCAUAUAUAAAGCGUUCUGGAUUAUAAGGCGAGCAGUCUUUUUUUUAUGAAAUUAAAGGCUUUUAAGUGCGCCCUAUAGUGCAGGAAAUAUGGUAUAUAUCUGUAUAAUUUUGAUUCAAAUUAAAUCAUAAGGCUUAAAGAUGCACUAUGUAACUUUUCUGGUAAGGCAAACACCAUCUACUCCAGAGUACGGCAUUAGUUUGUUUACACGUUGCGUAGUGAACCUUUAAUGUGAAACGAAGCCUAGAUCGAGAACAAAACGGCUACAAAACAAAAUGGUUAUAAUAUUUGUAUAAUUUGGAUUUAAAACGAGUGCAAAUUUAAAGACGCGCUGUGGAACUUUUCAGCUAAUGACCCACUGCUUAAUUGUAUCCACGGAGGUGCCAUUUAGUCCACACCAUUAUGAGUUGAAACAUUUCCAUUUUUCUAUUUUUGUUAUCAAAUCAUAGAUGUUUUAUUGGUCAAAAAUACCCAGAAAAACAUGUAUCUUACUGCGAGUGAUGUCACCUGCUUUUCGAUCUUCUGAGUAAAAAAUGACAAGCUUUUGGUGGAUGCUCCAUUAGAAAAGUUCCACAGUGCGUCCACGCUGGUGAUCUCUGCAUCGCUGAUUCUGUUUUCUCUUCAUGUGCACAUGUUUUUUUAAGUUGUCUGUGGAACAAAAGAUAUUUAAACGACACAACCUUUGGGCUUUGGGUACUACUGAGCAAUACAAGCCAAUACUGGUCUAAUUCUAUCCUAAAGGAAGAGGAUUUUUCAGCAUGUCUUACUCUGACUUGUAUCUACAUUUUUGUCUUUCCUUGGCCCCAGAAUCUCUUCUGAUCCCACGGAGGAGUGUGCUGUGCUGUAGUUUGAAAUGCAAAAGCUGCUUCUCAUUGUAGAACUCUGAUUGGUUCAUCUGCUACAGUCUGUUUUUUAUCAUUUUUAAUAAACUCAUCAAAACCUU